UGGUUGACGUGAAGACUUUCGGAAGACGAAGAACCUGAAGUGUGACUGCAAAAGUAUCUGUGACAAAGAACCGAACUAGGCUUCGAUAAGAAGAAGACGACAUCAGGCGAGGUCGAAUAAGGCAUGGGGAGUAGGAGAGAUGAGCCGCGAGGGCGAUAUGAAAGGUAUAGAGGAUAUGAUAGCGGCGGAUGGGAUAGUGGUGAUGACAGGCGUGACCGAGGGAGAGAAAGGGAGCGAAGAGCCGAUUACAGAAGGGGAUCCUCAGCAGAGGAGUACGGGAGAAGGAGCGUUAAGUGUUAUGAAUGCAGGGAGAUUGGGCACUACAGAAGUCAGUGCCCUCGCCUGCAAGGCAGGAGUGGAAUAGGUGGAGGAAGUGGUGGGACGGUAAUGUUCAGCCAAGAGUUGGAGAAUUCUUUAAGUUCUGUAGGAAGAAUGGCCAGACAAUUGUUGGAUCAGCAGGCAGCGGCAGAAGAAGCCGAGCGCGAAGCUGAAGCGAAGAAAAAGAAAGAGGAAGAAGAGAAAGCAGCGAAGGAAGAAGAAGCAAAAACUGCCCUGGCCAGGAAGCUGGAAAAAGAAGUGGAGGAGAAACGACGUCAGUGGGAGAUAAAGAAGUUGUUGGUUCAGCAACGAGAGGAGUACGAAGAAAAGUUGGAGAAGCCGGUUGGCCUAAAUCGAAAGAUGAAAGGGAUAACGAUUGGAGCAAGGAAGAAGAAGUGCAACGAGAUGCCGCCGUCAACAUCAGACGAAGAUGAAGUAGCUGAAGAAGUUGAAGAAGUCAUGCCGCUGAAAGAUAAGCGGAAGUGUCGAGACUCGACAGGGGUGGUUGAGAGCAGCCCACCUGUGGAAACUCCGACAAAGAUGGGGAAGUUAGUAGAGGCAGGUACACCAGCUAGCCAGAAACGGAAAGGAAGAGGUACACCGACGAAAGCGGACUCGCAAGUAGCACGAUUGGCAAAAGGCGAAAACCCAUGGGAAGGAGUGCCUCUGGCCGACAAGUACGCAACCGAAUCUGCAUACAGGAAGGUAGUAAGGAGGACUAUUGCCUCCUUUUACCCCGAAACUCUGAAGGCAAUGUGCAAGGGAGCCGAACUACCCUUCCACGGGGUAAAUGAUGCAGUAGAUAUCUUGUUUGAGCUAAGAGUUACCUACUGCUAUAGGGGUAAGAAGCCGUCGGGUUCGUCUUCGGACAAACCGGGAGAAGAAGAGUAGGUAAGGGGCGACGUUCAAGA